AUGGUCAAGCAAAUUGCUGGUUCCAAGGUCCUUCUUCUGGGCUCAGGCUUCGUCACCAAGCCCACCGUUGAGGUUCUCACCAAGGCUGAUGUGCAUGUCACUGUUGCCUGCCGAACCCUCGAGAGCGCCCAGAAGCUCUGCGAAGGCUUCCCCAACACCAAGGCCAUUGCCCUCGAUGUAAACGAUGCCACUGCUCUGGACAAGGCUCUCGAGCAGGUUGACCUCGCUAUCUCCCUGAUUCCUUACACCUUCCACGCCCUUGUUAUCAAGUCCGCCAUCCGCACGAAGAAACAUGUCGUCACCACCUCAUACGUCUCGCCUGCCAUGAUGGAGCUGGACGAGGAAUGCAAGAAGGCGGGUAUCACGGUCAUGAACGAGAUUGGUCUGGACCCGGGUAUCGACCACUUGUACGCCGUCAAGACCAUCUCCGAGGUACACGCCGAGGGUGGCAAGAUCACUUCUUUCCUCUCCUACUGUGGUGGUCUCCCUGCCCCCGAGUGCUCCGACAACCCGUUGGGUUACAAGUUCUCGUGGUCCAGCCGCGGUGUUCUUCUCGCCCUCAGAAACGCCGCCAAGUUUUACAAGGAUGGCAAGGAGUUCAGCGUUGCCGGCCCCGAGCUCAUGGCUACCGCCAAGCCCUACUACAUCUACCCCGGCUACGCCUUCGUCGCCUAUCCCAACCGUGACUCCUGCCCCUACCGCGAGCGUUACCAGAUCCCCGAGGCCCAGACUGUCGUCCGUGGUACCCUGCGCUACCAGGGCUUCCCCGAGAUGAUCAAGGUGCUGGUGGACAUUGGUUUUCUCAGCGACGAGGCCCAGGACUACCUCAACUCCCCCAUCCCCUGGAAGGAUGCCACGCAGAAGAUCCUGGGCGCCACCUCGUCGGACGAGAAGGACCUGGAAUGGGCCAUCGGCUCCAAGACGACCUUCGCCAACAACGAGGAGCGCAACCGCCUCAUCUCCGGCCUUCGCUGGAUCGGCCUCUUCUCCGACGAGCAGAUCACCCCCCGCGGUAACCCCCUCGACACUCUCUGCGCCACGCUCGAGCGCAAGAUGCAGUACGGCCCCGGCGAGCGGGACAUGGUCAUGCUGCAGCACAAGUUCGGUAUCGAGCACAAGGACGGCUCCAAGGAGACCAGAACCAGCACGCUUGUCGAGUACGGUGAUCCCAACGGUUACUCCGCCAUGGCCAAGACCGUCGGUGUCCCCUGCGGUGUUGCGGUCAAGCUGGUCCUCGAUGGCACCAUCAGCCAGAAGGGUGUCCUUGCCCCAAUGACUUGGGAUAUCUGCGAGCCUCUCCUCAAGACUCUCAAGGAGGACUACGGCAUUGAGAUGAUCGAGAAGACCAUCUAA